AUGAGAGACAGCUUUGAUACAUUCUAUGACGAAAUUGAGAACAGGUUGAGAAAAGAGGGAAAACUAACAAUUAGGAAUGCAAAUGACACAAAAUCGGAUGGAGCAAAUGAAAGUUUACGUUUAAACAAUCGCAAAUGGUUCAUCCGCACGUAUUCACUGGCUGAGAUGAGAGCAUGCAGACUUACACAUAAGAUUAUUUUAGAAAGUGUGCACGUGGCAGAUAUUGAACGUUUUCUGCUCAAAUCGUUUGAUGAUGUGCACCUCAAUCUGGAUACUCACAACAAGAUGAGAGAACUAAACAUAAAUCAGCCAACACCUAUUCAAAUGCAAGUAAUACCGCUUGUUCUCAGCGGAUACAACGUUUUCGGACAGAGCACAACCGGAACAGGGAAAACUCUCUGCUUUGCACUACCACUUAUAAUGAUGAAAUUGGGACGAGAUCCUAGUUUCAAUGGAGCUGUAAUUUUGGUACCAACAAGAGAACUUUGCCAGCAAAUAAAGUCUUUUUUGGAACACUUUGUGGGGGUAAAGAGUGUAUUUGGCGGGAUGACGACCAAAGCAGGGAAACCACGAUGCAGCAAAGGAGCAAACGGUGAAAUAUAUGUAGCUACGCCGGGGAAACUCUUGCAGCAGCUUGAAAAAAAUAACUUUGUGCGUGAUUUCUCUCAUCUGAUACUCGAUGAAACAGACAAAAUGACAAGCAUGGAAUUCAUACGUAAUAUAAGGGCGGUAGUAGAAAAGAUAAGAGAUCCGCGGUUUUGUGUGCUCGCCGCCACGUAUUUUGAUAGUCUUCAGUUCAGAAAUCUCAUAAAAGUUGAUGUGAGUGUUUUUAUAGGCAACAAAAAUGCAGCCAACGAACACGUGACACAGGUCAUAAAGUUGGUUGAUGAAAAGUUUGCGUUUGUCAAGGAAAUGAUCGAAAAAAAUGUUUUAAUUUUUGUAAAUUCCAAGGAUGGAGCGGAUGAGCUUACAAUGAAACUCAGAAAUUUGUUCAGGUACGAAUAUCGAACGGGUUACAGCAAUGUUUCGUGUAGCGACUGGAAAAGAACCGCGAUAGUAGAAUCGCUUCAUGCUGGAAAGGAGCAAAUAGAUAGAAAUAGUAUCAUAGAACGGUUUAACGGUGGAUUUAUUGAUAUACUGAUAUGUACAAGUCUUUUAUCGCGAGGCAUUGAUUUUAAGGUCGAUUGUGUUAUAAAUUAUGAUUGCCCACACACAGUAGAUGAUUAUAUUCAUAGAGUAGGACGUACCGGGCGUAUGCGAUAUGGCAUUCCCAGGAACGGGAUGGCGUAUACGUUGUUGGAAAAAAGCGACAGGCAAUACGCUUUGAAUUUGUACGGUUUUUGGAUGAAGAGCGGCGUAAAACUGGAUGAUAGUAUUUUAGCACUGGUGAACGAGUAGACGGGUACAUAACAAUAGCAAGGACUAGCCAAAUAUUCUUUUGUGUGUUAUUCUGCGUUAGAAUUGUAGUUUAAAGCGGUAA